AUGGAUGAUUCGAGAGUGGCGAAGUGUACCUAUGGUGCUGGAACUUUAAUGCUUAUUUUGUCUUCAACUACUACUUUUGAUUGGGUGUCCAACGAGUUGUGUAGUAGGUUUAAGCUUAAGUUAGGUCAUUUUGAGUUGAGGUGCUCUUUUACGGAUUGCUCCAAUUGUUUAUUGGAAUCGGAUGAUGAUGUGAAAAUCAUGUUCAUGGUAUGUGGAUUGAUGAAGGAUCAAUUAAUUCACAUUGCUGUUAGGGAUAAGGCUAUAGUGAAUCAUGUUCAAACUGUUAAUACGAACAUAAUUGCUUCUCCUUUUUUGUUAGAGGUUGUUCCUAACAAUGACAGUUUUGCACAAGAUGAGGAUACAUGUAAAGAUUCUAGUCAAACGGGUAGUAUUUCAAGUGCAGCUUCUUCUUCUUAUUUGAGUAUGGAUUUUGAUGGUAUUAGCAGUGAAUUUGGAAAUAAAUAUUUAGACAAAUAUGAUAGUUGUGGAGGUCGUAAGUAUUUGUCUACUGAUUGUGAGGGUUAUAUUACUCAUGAGGGUCAGAAGUUUGAUUGUAGAGUUUGUGAAUUCCGUGAUAAGUUGGCUGAGUACGCGAUUGAGAAUGGUUUUAAGAUGAAGUAUUUGAAAAAUGAGCCUCGUCGUGUUACUGCUGUGUGUGAUAAGAAGGAAUCAAAUGGCUGUGAGUUGCAUGUGCAUGCUGUUAAGUCCAAUGUAAAUGGAUUUUUUUAUAUUAAGAAUUUAAAUAAUGUACACAGUUGCAGUGGUUUGAUCCAUGAGAAGAGAAAUAAGGCAACGGGGUCUCGUUUGGUGUCUUCAAUUGUCAAAAAUAAAGUUUGUAGCAAUCCUUUGGUAAGGCCUAUUGAGCUGAUUACUGAUUUGAAAGAAAAUUAUGAAUUGGAUAUCCCUUAUCAUGUUGCGUGGUAUGGGAAGGAGUCAGCUACUAAGGAUUUACAUGGUGAUGAGGAGUUGUCUUAUGCUCACUUGCCUUGGUAUAUGGAUGUUUUGAAGGCCAGUAAUGUUGGAUCUCAUUGUGUGCUUAACUGUGGUGAGGAUGGUUCUCGUUUCCUGCGGAUCUUUAUAUGUUUUAAGGCCUCCAUUGAUGGUUUUCGAUGGUGUAGGCAUAUGUUGUUCAUUGAUAAUACUUUUGUCACAAACAAGUACAAGGGUACUCUUCUAAGAGCUACUGCAAAGAAUGGAAAUAAAGACAAUUGGAGGUGGUUUCUGCAAAGGAUAUUUGAAGUCUUGGUGGAUGAAGGUAGGAAACUUACAUUCAUUUUUGAUAGGCAUGAUGCUAUUAUCGAUGCUGUUAAGACUGUUUUUCCUACUUCUACCCAUGAUUUUUGUCUAUAUCAUUUGAAAGAGAACUUAAAAAAGAAGUAUCUGCAUUCUGUUGGUUCCUCUUUCAAAGAUCAUAUUUUAUGGAUUUUUUGUAAGUUGUUGUAUGCACCAACUGUUGAGGAAUAUCAAGAUACAUUGAAAAAAUUAAAAGAUUAUGGCGGUUCAAUAAUAAUUGAUAAGUUUUUGGCUGAUCUCCCUGUCCAAAAUUUUGCUAAUGCAUUUUUUCUGGGAAAGAGGUAUGGGGAGGUUAGUAAUGUCUUGUCUGAGUCGUUUAAUUCAUGGGUUAAGGAUGCGCGUAGGCUUUCAAUUUAUGAGAUGAUUGACACUAUUAGGAUCAAAAUGAUGGAGAUGAUUUCUAGGAGGAAGCUUGCAUCCGAUAAAUGGUGUAGUGUUUUGUGUCCUGUUAUUGAGGAUGAGUUGAAGAAUUUAACUGCAAAGGGUCGUCAUUGGAGGAUAUGGCGCGAAUGA